CUUGUCGGCUGCUAACAUAAAAGACUGGGAGCUUAGGCAGGCAGGUAGUGUUUGGCUGAGUUGUGUCAUAGGUAUUUGCCGUGUUUAUAUGAAAUCAUAAUUUUGCUAUAGAUUCAGGAUGUCUACAAACGGAAAUGCUAAUGGUCACAGUCACGGUGGACCAGAUGUUUUGCAGUGGAAAGUUGGAUUGAUAAAUAAUGCACAGAAAUAUUUGACAGCGGAGACAUUUGGAUUUAAAAUCAAUGCAUCUGGCCAAGGUCUGAAGAAAAAGCAAACUUGGAUACUAGAACAAGACACAAAGGACGAGGUAGUGUACAUUAGGAGCCACUUGGGUCGUUAUAUAUCUGCGGAUAAAUAUGGAAAAGUUACAUGUGAGAAAGAAGCUGACGAACUUGAACGUUGUGACAAAUUUGUCGUUGAGUAUGCCAAGGAUGGAAGCGGUCGAUGGGCAUUCAGAAAUCUUGAACACGGGAAUUAUUUUGGGGGAACCGAUGACAAUGUGCAGUGUUUCUCUAAGACCGUCACAGACACUGAGUUAUGGAUUGUCCAGUUGGCAAUUCACCCCCAAGUCAACCUCCGUAACGUCAACCGUAAACGUUAUGCUGUGCUCUGCGACGACGAAAUCCAGUGCAAAGAAAUCGUUCCAUGGGGUGAAGCUGGACUUGUCAUUCUGCAUUUUGCCGAUGGGAAAUAUUCUCUGAAAACCUGCGACAAUAGAUUCUUGCAUAGAGAUGGCAGUCUUGUCAAUGAGCUUGAGGAUGAUGCCAAAUUUACGCUAGAAAUCAGGUCAGGUGCUACCUGCGGCCUUGCGUUCAAAGACUGUAAAGGAUAUUAUCUGACGGCUGUUGGAUCCACUGCAACCAUGAAAGGGGGUAAAAACAAGACAGUUGGAAAAGAUGAAUUAUUCACCCUUGAAGAUAGUCACCCACAAGUUGUCCUCACAAGCACAAACAAUAAGAAAUUUGUAUCGAUUAAACAAGGUGUGGAUCUGUCAGCCAAUCAGUCAGAAUUGUGUGAAAAGUCGACAUUCCAGAUGGAGUUUGACAAACCCAGUCAAAAGUGGUCCUUCAGAACAACAGCAGACAACAAGUACUGGUCCCUCGAGUCCUUUGGAGGAAUCCAAGCAACUUGUUUGACUGUGUCCAAUAAGUCCCUGUUUGGUGUGGAGUCCAUGGGGGAUGGCACAGUUAUUAUCACUGCAGAUAACGGUAACUGCUUGUACAACAAACAGACUGGAAGCAUCUUAUCCAACCUGGAAAACCGAGAAGCGGCCACACGCUUCACAAUCCGCAUGAUCAACAGGCCAUUCCUUAUCCUCAAGUGUGAUUUUGGAUUUGUGGGUUUGAAGUCUGCCACAUCUACAAAACCAGAAUUAGUCUGCAACAAGACAACUUAUGGAGUAACCUUCUUGGAACCACAGGAUGAUGGGAAAUAUUAUAUGAAAGCUUUGAACAACAAGUACUGGUCUGUAGCUGAUGACAAUAGCCUGCUAGCCGACUCUGACACUGGUACCUGCCCCUUCUUGAUAGAGUUCCAGGGACAGUCCCUACUCUCAAUCAAGGCCCCUAACGGCAAAUACCUGAAAGGAGAACAAAACAGUUUUGUUGCCAAAGGAGAGGAAAUUGAUUCCUCCACCCUGUGGGAGUACUAGCUCAAACAGUGGAAGAAAGACAAGCAAGCCGGCUGGCUGACUGACUGACCCACAGGCCUGUGUGGACCACAACCAAACUGUGCUUUCAUGUAUGACGAUGAUGAUGUAAAGAUCGCUGGCUGGGACCAAUAUUCAACAUUCAGCCACUUUUCUAUUAUAUAUUUGUUGCCAGUGUUACACCAGUGGUGUUAUGAAGGUAAUUGGGCAUAUUUCAAAUGCCUAUCAUUAAUCAGCGGAUUUGUGUACAGAUGAAGUUUCCUAUGUUUUACCCUAUUGGGUGAUAUGUAUUUCCAUCAUAUUUGUACUGAGAAGAUUCACUAUUGCCAACAGUUGCUAGCUUCUCUCAUGAAAUGUUUUCCUCAACAUACAUGGUGCUCCAAUUCCAUGUUGAUACAAUAAUGUGGAUUAAAGCUCCAACCCUUUCCACAUGGAAACAGAUGAAGAAAUAUUUUAUUAGCAUAUGUAUUUACAUUUAGUGGACCAGUCAUAUUUUCAGCAUUGUCACUAAAUUGUACCAAAAUGUCUCAACGAACAAGUAAUCUUCCUAUGCACAUUACCCAAACCAUUUUUGAUCUCCUGUUAAACAUUGCAUAUAUGUUACAUGUUCUUCAUCCUUCCAUAACACAUUGAGAUUAGACAGAGCAGUUGUAUAGCAACCUAUGCCCUUGACAUAUCAACGGUAGUCUUCAGUCAGCUUUGCCCUGAGGAAAUCUUAACUGUUAACUCGAACUGAAAACUAGUUAUCCAUCAGUCCAAGUAUGUUGUUAGAGAUUUAGCUUGCUACUGUUAUACAUGUUUCUAAUUCUGGAAGAUUAAUUUAUGUUACACAGGUAUUUGUAAUUGUUCCAUGCUCGUUGCUCACAUAUUUGGGACUUGUCAAGAUCUUGUGAUUGUUGUAACAAUGUUGUUACUGAAAAGACAAAAUGAAUACAGGCAUAUAUUGACAUAUAUCUGUUACUGGAACUACUUUAAGGAUUAUGAGGAAUGUUCUCAAGAUACCUAUGGACUAAUAAUUUCCCCAGAGUGCAACUGUGCUUUGGAUGGACCUUAGUCAAGAGUCUCCCUGUUUAAGUAGUGUCAUCUCUUUCAAUUCUUGUUCUCCCUGCAUGAAUGUGAUAUGCGAAUGAUGUAUGCUGCUUCACUCCAACACGGAGAGUGUAUUGCGAGUACAUGUACUCAUCUAUCUACAGUGGAUGACAGACCAAUGCUCAGAUAGCGCCUCUUUGUGCAAUGCUGUUAUAACCAGGAUCAGUGCUUUGAUAUGGACCUGUAUGUAUGCAACUGUUCAGUCAAUAAAGCGCUUGAAAAUUCA